AUGUCGUCAUCGCGCCGCGCAUGCUACAAAUGUGGCAAUAUUGGCCAUUAUGCCGAGGUUUGCUCGUCCGCGGAGCGACUUUGCUAUAACUGCAAACAACCCGGACAUGAGUCGAAUGGUUGCCCGCGACCUCGCACAACAGAGACGAAACAAUGUUAUCACUGCCAGGGUCUAGGGCAUGUGCAAGCUGACUGCCCCACUCUGCGCAUCAACGGAGGAGCCACGAGCGGCCGCUGCUACAACUGCAAUCUACCCGGCCACUUAGCACGAAACUGCCUGUCUGCUGGUAUGCAAGGUGCCAUGAGAGGUGCACCAGCUGUCCGCGGCGGCUUCAAUCCUCCCUUCCGUGGAGGAUUCAUGGGGUAUCCCAGAGCUGCUAUGUGCUACAAAUGUGGCGGCCCGAACCAUUUUGCAAGGGAUUGUCAGGCCCAAGCUAUGAAAUGCUACGCAUGUGGAAAAUUGGGUCAUAUCUCUCGUGAUUGCACUGCUCCUAACGGCGGACCGCUGAGUUCCGCAGGCAAAGUUUGCUACAAAUGCUCCCAGGCUGGCCAUAUCUCUCGUGAUUGCCCGAACAACGCCACUGAAGUCGUCGCUUCUACUCCCGCAGAACCUGCUGCCGAGGCUGGGGUAGCGGAUAACGUUGCUCCCGUUGCUCCCGCGCCUACAGCGGCGGUUGCUUAA